AAUGCAAUUUUAGCUGGAGUAAACAGACAGUUUCCGGUCAACUUUGUCUUAGAUUUACUAAACUUGUUGGGUAUUUGCACCCUCAAAGCUGCGUGCAUUUACUAGCUUUCUGUUAUUUGAUUUUGUUGACACCAACAGAAUGGUGACACAGAUUGACUUUAUUUUGUUUGCCGAGCAAGGCUGGAUGUGUUGCUCCUGACUUGAGACUCCUAAUCGACAAUGGCAGGCAGAACGCAACAACCGCCCCGCCGGAGAAAACGAGUGCAAACUCCUGUUUUCAGUAGUAUAGUUGGCUCAUAUGAAGACAAAGACAACGAUUUUGUCUGCCCUGUGUGCUUUGAUAUCAUUGAAGAGGCUCAUAUGACCAAAUGUGGACAUACGUUUUGCUUCAAGUGUAUCAAGCAGUGCCUUGAGAAGACCAACAGGUGUCCCAAGUGUAACUACAUCAUCGACAAUGCAGAGCACAUCUUCCCCAACUUUACAUUGAAUGAGCUGAUUCUCAAGUACAAGGGAAAACAGGAGGAAAAGAAAAUCAAAAUUGAGCAACAGACUUGUCCUGGUCCUGCUGAUCUGGUGGACUUGGUGUCGGAAGAUAACCUUGACCUUGCUAAUGUCAACCAGCUGCUGGAGUUCCUGGUACACAAGAAGCAACAACUAGAAGCUGAUGGUAAAUUAGCUGAAAAUAUUAUUCUGAAGGAAUUUCUGCAGCGAGUACGACAAGGGAAACAAGAUGAACUGGAAAAGUUGAAUCGGGAUAUUAACCUCCUAGAUGAGGAUGCCAAAAGAGUAGAUGAUUAUAUCAACGAGCAGCAAGAGAAAUACACAGCAUGUCCAGACCAUCUUGUACCAAAUGGCUUCGAACCUAUUAGGCCGUCCAUUAAUGAAUCCAUUUGUCAAGAUGGUUUUAACGGAAGUAAAAAUGCAGGGAAAUCGUUUACUCAAACAACAAUGGCAUCUCGGAGGAAGCAGAUCAGCCAACAUUUUGAGGAUCUUGAACAGUGUUACUUCGAUACAAGAGUAAAAGGAGUAGCUACAGGGGAUGAUUCUCAUGAUGGACUCCGAGAGUUCACAGACAGUCUUUCAAAGUUUACUCGCUUCUCUUCAUUUCGACCUCUAGCUACUCUCAGCUAUGCUGUUGACCUUCUCAAUGGUGGAUCCAGUAUAGUUUCAAGCAUUGAGUUUGACCGAGACUGUGAUUAUUUUGCCAUUGCUGGCGUUACCAAAAAAAUAAAAGUAUAUGAAUAUGGUACAGUUAUCAAAGAUGUUGUAGAUAUACAUUACCCGGUGGUGGAAAUGCUGUGCAAUUCUAAAAUAAGUUGUGUGACUUGGAGCGCCUACCACAAAGGGAUGCUGGCCAGCUCUGAUUAUGAGGGAACAGUCACGUUGUGGGAUGCCUUCACUGGCAGCAAGGCCCGAAUGUUUCAGGAGCAUGAAAAGCGUUGUUGGAGUGUGGACUUCAACAGAAUGGAUCCCAAACUUCUAGCCUCUGGCUCGGAUGAUGCCAAAGGUACAGUGAAACUAUGGGCCAUCAACUCGGAGCACUCUGUGGCCAACCUUGAGGCCAAGGCCAAUGUGUGCUGUGUUAAAUUCAACCCAGAGAGCAGGUACCAUCUAGCCUUCGGAUCUGCAGAUCACUGUGUACACUACUAUGAUCUGCGGAACACGAAGCAAGCAGUUGGAGUCUUCCGGGGGCACAGGAAAGCAGUGUCAUACGCCAAGUUUGUCAAUGCUCAGGAAAUAGUCUCAGCGUCCACGGACAGUCAGCUCAAGCUGUGGAAUCUCAACAAACCCAACGCAGUACGAACUUUUAAAGGUCACAUCAACGAGAAAAACUUUGUUGGUCUGGCAACUGAUGGAGACUAUGUCUCAUGUGGCAGCGAGAACAACUCUCUUUAUAUCUACUACAAGGGUCUUUCCAAACAACUGAUGACAUACAAGUUUGACACAGUCCGAAGUGUGCUGGAUAAAGAUCGAAAGGAUGAAGAUGCCAAUGAGUUUGUGAGUGCUGUAACAUGGAGACCUAGAUCCAAUGUUGUUGUGGCAGCAAACAGCCAAGGAACGGUCAAGGUUCUGGAGUUGGUAUAACCAAAUAUAUUAGCGGAGAUGAUCUACCAUGUCUUUCAUACCUCAGUACAGUGUGCGUGGGCCUGGUUUCAAUGCAAGGUCAAGGUCAUCGAAGGAAGACGACUACACUAAGCCAGAUACUUGGUGCGAAACAGGAGUUAGCGCACGUCCUGUCAUACUGUCAGACCCCAUUGUCUGGUCUACCAUUGCUAGGAAAACAAUCUGGAUGAACAAAUUCCUGGAUUAAUGAACCAGUGUCACAUAGACACGUGAGGAGUAUGUCCUUUAAAUGGAGCCAGGGUUUCACUGUAUGUGAGUUGUCUCCCCUUGGAUGGACAUGGGAAUCCACAAACACAGGAACACACUACAUCAGGCCUCUACUUAUGGGAGUAGUCAAGUGGUUAAAGCAUUUGCUUGUCUCACUAAGGGCUCAGGUUCCGUCCCCUAAAUUGAUACAAGGUGAAACCCAAUUCUCGUGUCCCCCACCGUGAUAUGUGUUGGAAUAUUUGCUAAAAGUUGCGUAAAACCAAACUCGCUCACUCAAGCUUGACUGAAUGAAUUGUCUAUAUGACCUGUCACUAUACUGUUGAGAAAUAACUGUUAUUCCUAUCCAAGUUAUCCAGGAGGCUUGCAGAUAUUUAUGAGUCCGCAUUAAUUUUAGUGAACUGGUCGAGCCAUAUACAUUUGUGGAUCAAGAGGAUAAGGGUGGGACGGGUAACUCGGGUACCCGUGCCGGGUGGGUACUGAGUAGGACCCGGCUACCCACAGGACUACCCGGACCCGUGGUUAGUCACGUGAUAGAGUUCUUGAUAAUUUUGUCAUUAAACAAUAUAUGGUUACACUAGAAGUCACUAAUUUUCGCAUUUCUUUCUGACUAAUCACCCAUUCCUUCUGAUUUUUCAUAUGGUUGAAUAAAGAUAUAACUUAAUUCAGCUUCAGUGUAUGAAUGACCAGAUACAUGUUUAAUAC